AUGAAAAGGGGCACACAAGAUCCCCAGUCGUACAAUACAUUGAUUAUGGGGCAUUGUAAAGAAGGUGCAUAUGAAAGUGGAUAUGAGCUUUUGAUGUGGAUGCUUAGAAGAGACUUUCUUCCUGAUGUUGAUAUUUAUGAUCGUUUGAUUGAUGGUUUUCUUUUAAAGGAUAAGCCUCUACUUGCAAAGGAGACACUAGAGAAAAUGCUUAAGAGCUCCUAUCAACCUAAAACAUUCACUUGGCAUUCUAUACUGGCAAAACUUUUGGAAAAAGGUUGCGCUCAUGAGUCUGCCUGGGUUAUUAUGAUGAUGCUGGAGAAAAAUGUUAGACAGAAUAUAAAUCUCUCAACUAAGAAUUUACAGCUACUUUUUGGAUGUGGACAACAAAAAAGAGCAUUUGAUAUUAUUGAUUUGCUUUAUAAGAAUGGAUACCGUGUUAAAAUUGAAGAAGUAGCUCAAUUUCUUUAUGAGAGAGGAAAGCUAUUAGAAGCAUGCAAACUGUUGCUUUUUAGUUUAGAAAUUCAUCAGAAUGUCGAUAUUGAUUUGUGUAAUGCAAUUGUUCUGAAUCUUUGUAAAACUAACAAGGUCUCAGAAACAUUUGGUUUAUGCUAUGAAUUGGUGGAGAACGGUUUAUGUCAGGAAUUGACAUGCCUAAAUGAUCUAAUAACUGCUUUAGAGGAAGGGGGAAGAAGAGAGGAAGUUGCAUUUAUAUCAAAGAGAUUACCAAGACUGGAGAACUUAGAUGUAUCUAAGGGAAAUCAUAGCUCUAAGAAGUUCAGGCCUAUUAAAGUGUGA